CCUCCUCCCCACGGCUAUGGCUGCUCCAAUGUGGUGGCUGCCGCCAUUGCUGCGGUGCCGGCCUCGCUUCCCUGCCGCGCGGGGCCCGGGCCACGGUCAGGCCCGGCGCAUCUCCACCGAAGUCGUGGUGCAGGGGCAGUCGCAGGCCACUGGUGGCGAGGAAGCAGAUUCUGAAGUCAGUGCUAGAAUCAAGACGUUUACUGAGGUGCAAGCAGAAGGAUUAGAGCAAGCACAAAAGACUGUUUUAAUUAGCUACCCAACUGGAAUCAGUGAGAAAAGUAUUCUCCAGUAUUUGUCCCAUCACGGAAGAAUUAACAACUACUUCUUUUAUAAAGGUCAUGGUCAUCAUGCCAUGGUAGAAUUUUCUGAAAAAGAAAGUAUAGGUUCACUUCAGGAUGUUGCACAAAUAGCAGGUUCGUCAGUACCUGGGAUUCCAUUUAAGUCAAGACUCUUUACUUUAACCCCAAGGCAGUCAUUGGGUCAAGCACUGGAUGAGACAUCAGUUCCCAAUUAUCAGCACCCUACCAUUCCAAUGGAAGACCUUGUCCAGAAGCUUUGCUGUGCUGACAGUAUAAGCAGUCAGCUGUACUGUCUAGUGAAUGAAUAUCAGCUAACAGAGGAGAGCAUGAAGCUCCGGUUUCUAGCAUGCUCUCUGAUUCAGGAUAUUGCACGUGCAUAUUUCCCAGAAUGUGUGGUAAAGCCAUUUGGCUCUUCAGUGAGUACCUUUGGCAAAUUAGGAUGCGAUCUAGACAUGUUUUUGGACUUCGAUGAGAUUGGAAAAAGCCCUACACCAAAGAAAACAGAUCCCUUUCAUGUGGAAUAUCAGAUCAAAAGAAUGCCUUCUGAAAGAGCAGCAACACAGAAAAUUCUUUCUGUGAUUGGUGAUUGUAUUGCUAACUUUAGUCCUGGUUGUACACACAUACAAAAGAUACUCGACGCUCGCUGUCCACUGAUGAGAUUUUUCCAUCAGCCAACAGGAUUCCAGUGUGAUCUGACAGCUAACAAUCGGGUUGCUUUGAGAAGUUCAGAACUCCUCUAUAUUUAUGGCAAUCUUGACUCACGUGUACGAGCCCUUGUGUUCGGUAUUCGUUGCUGGGCCCGGACACAUGGAAUUACAAGCGGUACCUCUGGUCCCUGGAUUACAAACUUCUCUCUAACAAUGAUGGUUUUGUUUUUCCUGCAAAAAAGAAAGCCACCAAUCCUUCCAACACUAGCCGACCUUAAAAACCUGGCAGAUGCAGAAGACAAGCAUGUAAUUGGAGGUCAUGACUGUACAUUUGUUAGUAAUCUGAACAAAAUAAACCAGACGGAAAACACAGAAACUUUGGAUGUGCUUCUGAAUGAAUUCUUUGAAUAUUUUGGAAAUUUUGAUUUCAGUAGCAAGUCUAUAAAUAUUCGCGAGGGAAAGGAACACAAUAAGCCUGAGCCUUCUCCUCUCUACAUUCAGAAUCCCUUUGAACAGGCUCUCAAUAUCAGUGCUAAUGUUAAUCAGAACCAGCUGGACCGAUUUGUAGUACUGGCCAGAGAGUGUGCCUGGAUUUUACAGCAAGUAAAUCAAGACCAUGGGCAAGAAGGUGGUAAGCAACCUUGGGGACUGGCAGCCAUACUAGUACCUCGUGUAAUAAGUAGUAAGAAGAAGAAGGCUAAGAGUAUGCUAGCAAGUGCAAGACUCAAAGCUUUGUUAGACAGUUUGAGGGCUGAUAUUGCAAAUAAAAAAGGAGAAAGGGCCUUCAGUAGCUGGUCAUUGAAGUAGCUGCUGCUUUGUUUUGAGAACUGGUUCUAGUAAGUGACCAACAGAACAUUACUUGAACUUUAUAUCUACAUGAGGGGAGUUGAAAAGAACAACCUCUGCCUUCCACUGUGUUGGUCAGGCCCAUCUGUUUCUUCUGGGAAUCAACUGUGGUCCUCUUCAUCAUCCAGGCUUGGAUACAGUUAAAAAAGCAAGAUGGAGUGGGUCUGGGAUAAGACCUUUGGGAAUCCUGUCAACUAAUAUACAAACAGUGCAAAAUGUAAGAAAUACUGAAAGCAGUCUACUUCCAAUGCAACCAUGGUUUCAAUAAAAAUGAUGCAGUAUUUAAUACACACACACACACCACACUGUUGCAAAGGAAACCCUUUUAAAUCCAGUGCUUGUACCCUUUUUUGUAAUUAUUUUCCAUAUGUGUAAAUGGUGGAAGAUGCAAUAAAGAGAAUGGGACUUGCUAGUA